GCAAACCGGGCCACAUGAUGAAUUAAUAAUUAGGAAAUAAAAAUAUGUCAGCUAGUUGUGGAUGGAGAAAUAAAGAAAGGAAAAAAUAGGAGGAGGACCUUGAAUACGACAUUGAUGAUCGUUACUUAACGGACCAGUCUUGGUUCAUUUAAAGUGCCGCUUAUACCUUUUUGUCAACUUGCCCUUUAAUUGUCUUACUGCCGCGUCCCAGCGAGUAGGAGAGAGUGAGUCUGCGGCCCGAUGAAAGGACGGGUUGGGAAUGCUGGGAAUGUGGAGUGAAACCUGGAGACUGUGAUGAGGGAAGCAUCGCCGCUACAAACGCUUUGCAGGGGCUAUUGAGCACUUCACCACAGUAACUCAACAGCCCGUUUCAACUCGGUGCGAAUACAGGAGGACAAGACUCACAACAGCACACUUCAGGUUUUUUUUCUCCUGCUCCAGCACAAGACCAGUUUUGCUGAGACUCUGAGAGGAGAUAGGCCCUUCAAUACAUCAAUCAUGUAUGGUAGUGCCAGAACAGUUGGGACUAUGGAAGAAAGUCCGUCCCGGUCCCCCCGCCUACCAAGAUCCCCCAGACUGGGGCACCGGAGGACCCCAGGCAGAGGAGGAGGAACCGGCAAGACGUUGUCCAUGGAGAACAUUCAGUCUCUGAAUGCGGCCUAUGCCACGUCCGGGCCGAUGUACCUAAGUGACCAUGAAGCGGUGGGGUCUACCACCUACCCAAAAGGCACCAUGACCCUGGGGCGGGCCACUAGCCGCGCCACUUAUGGGGGCCGAGUCACAGCCAUGGGCAGCAGCCCCAACAUCGCGUCUGCCGGCCUCCCGCAUGGCGACAUGCUCUCCUACGGUGAUCAUGGUGGCAUGCCCCCACACUCCCAUCAGGUGCCCUCCGGCCUGCGCCAGCUCCGCGAUAAUGCCAUGCUGGACCUGCAGUCCCAAAUGAAGGACCUGCAGAGGGAGAACGACCUGCUGCGCAGGGAGCUGGACGUCAAGGACAGCAAGUUGGGCUCCUCCAUGAACAGCAUCAAGACCUUCUGGAGCCCGGAGCUGAAGAAGGAGAGGGUGAUGCGGAAGGAGGAGAUCGCCCGUACGUCUGUCCUGAAGGAGCAGAUGAGAGUGACCCAUGAGGAGAACCAGCAGCCAUUGGAUUCCAGAAGAACUAAGCACUUGCAGCUGACCAUCCAGGCCCUGCAGGAUGAGCUGCGCACCCAGCGGGACCUGAACCACCUGCUGCAGCAGGAGAGCGGCAACCGUGGUGCUGAGCACUUCACCAUCGAGCUGACCGAGGAGAACUUUCGGCGGCUGCAGGCCGAACAUGACCGUCAGGCCAAGGAGCUCUUCCUGCUGAGGAAGACGCUGGAGGAGAUGGAGCUGCGCAUCGAGACGCAGAAGCAGACCCUCAGCGCCCGCGACGAGUCUAUCAAGAAGCUGCUGGAGAUGCUGCAGAACAAGGGGCUGCCGUCGGAUCGCGGGCCCGAGGACGAGCACGAGAGGGCGCGCCGCCUGGCUGAGGCCGAGUCACAGCUCAGCCACCUGGAGGUCAUCCUGGACCAGAAGGAGAAGGAGAACCUGCACCUGCGUGAGGAGCUCCACAGGAGAAGCCAGCCGCAGGCGGAGCCGGCCAAGACCAAGGCUCUACAGACGGUCAUCGAGAUGAAGAAUUCAGCACCCCCUUUCUGUUUUGAUCCAGAUGUGAUAUGGCAGGACACCAAAAUUGCGUCUCUUGAAAGGAAUAUAAGAGACCUUGAGGAUGAGAUUCAGAUGCUGAAGACAAAUGGAUUGCUCAAUACGGAGGACAGGGAGGAAGAGAUGAAACAGAUGGAGAUCUACAAGAGCCAUUCCAAGUUCAUGAAGAACAAGAUCGAUCAGCUGAAGCAAGAACUGUCAAAAAAAGAGUCUGAGCUUCUAGCCUUACAAACUAAGCUUGAGACGCUGAACAAUCAGAACUCAGACUGCAAGCAGCACAUCGAGGUGCUGAAAGAGUCUCUGACUGCCAAGGAGCAGCGGGCCGCCAUCCUUCAGACAGAGGUUGACGCUCUGAGGUUGCGCUUGGAAGAAAAAGAGUCGUUCCUCAACAAGAAGAGCAAGCAACUUCAGGACCUGACGGAAGAGAAGGGGACACUGGCUGGGGAGAUUCGCGACAUGAAGGAUAUGCUGGAGGUGAAGGAACGGAAGGUCAACGUCCUUCAGAAAAAGAUUGAAAAUCUGCAGGAGCAGCUUCGAGAUAAGGACAAACAGCUAACCAACCUGAAAGACCGCGUGAAGUCGCUGCAGACGGACUCCAGCAACACGGACACUGCCCUGGCUACACUGGAGGAGGCACUGUCUGAAAAGGAAAAAAUUAUUGAGCGCUUGAAGGAACAGCGGGAACGGGAAGAUCGAGAGCGACUGGAGGAAGUCGAGUCCUACAAGAAGGAAAACAAGGACCUGAAGGAGAAGGUGAACACCUUGCAGGCCGAGCUGACAGAUAAGGAGUCUAGUCUAAUUGACCUGAAAGAACACGCGUCGUCUCUCGCUUCGUCUGGUCUAAAAAAGGACUCCAAGCUCAAAUCCCUGGAGAUUGCCAUAGAGCAAAAGAUGGAGGAGUGCAGUAAGUUGGAAACCCAACUGCAGAAGACUCCAAGCAGGAAUGGCGGGAAACCUGUGGCGCAUGAGACGGAGGAGGCAGCCAGGACGAACACGGAGAUUCUGGAAAAAAUGAAGCACUUGGAGAAAGAGGUGGUCUACUAUAAGGAGGAAUCGAGCAAGUCGCAGGCCGAAGUCGACCGGCUGCUGGAGAUCCUCAGGGAGGUGGAGACGGAGAAGAACAACAGGGACAAGAAGAUAGCAGAGAUGGAAAGACCUGGGGGCAGAGCACCCCCAGAUCAGCACCUCUCUGUGUCGGCUGCCCCACAGCAGAUAGGGGGUCUUAUGUGGGAUUUCUUUGGAAACCUGGCAUCCAGGCAGACGAAGGAUCAGAAUAAGCAGACAGGCAGCCCAAGGCACCCCCAGAUGGAGAAGAAGAAGGAGGAGGGCAUGACGGACAACACACCACAGCAGAUUGAGGAGCUCCUGACCACCUUGGAGCAGACGAGGCAGGAGCUGGACGCCACCAAGCAGCGCCUCUCCUCCACCCAGCAGUCCCUGGUGGAGCGGGACACCCACCUGACCAACCUGAGGCAGGAACGCAGGAAGCAGCUGGAGGAGAUCCUGGAAAUGAAACAGCAGGCCCUGCUGGCCGCCAUCAGCGAGAAGGACGCAAACAUAGCCCUGCUGGAGUUGUCGGCGUCCAAGAAGAAGAAGACGCAGGAGGAGGUGAUGGCACUGAGGCGGGAGAAGGACCGGCUGAUGCACCAGCUGAAGCAGCAGACUCAGAGCAGGAUGAAGCUGAUUGCGGACAACUAUGAAGACGACCAUCAUCAUGCCCUCCACCCGCAGCACCAUCCACAUGCCCAACACCCCCCGCAUCCGCAUCACCGUGGCCCCGUCCGGGGACCACCCCACGAAAACCAUCGCCCCUCUCCUGAUCAGGACGAUGAGGAGGGCAUUUGGGCAUAACUGUUUCCCUGAACCAAAGCUCCAGUUUUGUUCUGAGGGAUGAUGCAGUCACAGUUGGAGCAAACAGCCAUGGCACAAUGCUGAAACUCUACAUUUAUCACUUGACCAGACUUUGCUUAGAGCGGGAUCCACGGUCCCUAAAGGAUCUCCAUCUUGACCACGUGCUGAGGAAGAGGAAGGAAGAAAGAGAAAGAGGAGGCGAAGAAGGAUGAAUGCUAGAGGGAGGACUUGUUGAGGAGAUGCAGACGCGCAGCCAGGAGAGGAGGAGGAGCGCAGGAGGGUCACGCCUCUCCGUGAAGACGUCCUCUGGCAGAUCAUCUCAGACAGCCGCUUUGUAGGUCCGGUAUCAGGUCAUCUGGAGCCUGAAGGGAGAUUGCUGACAGCCCUGUACUUGGACCAGAACAUCAAAACAACCACAUUCUCGCUCUUCUGGUAACACCGGAGGAGGCACUGCCCCCCCCACACCCCCUAUUCACACGUGAACACUUACACUAGCCUCCCUCAGAAAGUGCCAUACACUCUGUUUUGGAUUGGUUUGUGUUUGCAUUUGGCUUUACUACCUGUAAUCAGCUUACCUCAGGAGGGGUACGGCUCCCUCAACUUCUGCUAGUAAACCUUCAGCAAUACACUGCGGUGAGGAAAACGCACAUGAGGCUAAUGGAAGGCCAUGGUUUUCACCAAACAGGGGACCUCCACAAUUCCAGCUCCAGUCCCUGUAGCGUGUGGAAUGCCUUAAUGGGAAUCGCCCCUCGUGGUACCUCACCCACGUCCAGAGUAUGAAGUGGUUUCCGAUCCAGUCUAUGCAGACUUUGAGGUUAAUGCCAUUUAACCUUUAGUUUUUAUACACAUAUAGCUUUUCAGAUGUUUUCCCCCAAACCAAGCCCCUAUGAUGCUGUAGCCACAAUAUAUUUCUGCAUAAAUGACAAUCAGAACAUUCUCUCCUCAGCUGCUAAGACACUUCAUGGUUCCUUAGGUCAUUUCAUUGUUCCUCUGUGAUGGUGCUGAUGCCACUUGGUUCGAUGAAGUGUCUGGGAAACAAAGGAUAAUUUAUAAGCCAUCGCAUGCAGGAUUUGUGAAAAAUACAGUAAUCUCCCCUCAGUCUGACAUGAAACACAAAUGACGAUUUGCUGCAGCACACAUGGGCCAAGACAAAAGAAAAUAGUGUCCAUGCUGUUCUGGGUUCAGAUGCCAGUGUCCGUAAAGUGCUACAGAUCAAACAAAAUGCAUAAAGGGGACUGUUUAGUCUGUGUGAUGCCUCUUUUAAUAUUUUCCUUUGGGCUUCACGCUCGAAUAGACUCUGGUCAGGAUACGACAAAUGUCUGCUAGUUUCAGAAUGCCAAGCCAAUCCAAACUGAGCAGAUCUGUUUUAGUGACUCCAAUUGUCCCUCUGAACAAGAUGGCAGGUGCCUAUUAAGUAUAUCUGCGUGUCUGUAUUUUGUCUGAUAUAUAUGAUGUAUAUGUACAAAAAAAAGAAUUCAAUUUCUAUUUUGUUUUUCAAACUUCCUCAAGAGACAAAGUAAAUAAAUUAUAAAAGAAAGUGCUGUUUAUUGCAUCCACUGGAGAACAGAGAAUGUGUAGCCUGUUCGGUAAAAGCAUGAAUGAAUGGAUGAAUGCAUUGACAUUGUGAGGCAAGACUGAAGCAUUUUUGUACUUCCCCAGUGCAAAGGACAGACAAGGAAGGUUAUGGCUGAAAAAAUACCGCUAGAAUCCUUUCCAAAAUCUUGUAUAAGUAUUUUGCAUCUAGUGAUCUGAAAUAUCUGUUGGAUCGGUGAUAUUUUAGGUUUUUAUUUCCAAAAACUAGCUGUGUCUUAGAAUCCUUCUGAUUUGAGCAUCCAGGGUACGUAAUUGGCCUAAGUGAGGUCGUUGUGUUUACACGGCCGGUGUGCAGUGGUCAGACACAGCCGUAACACCACGAAGACUGCCACCUGUCAUUAUUGAAGACUGACAAGGACCACUCGGCCGUCUGAGAUUAGUUUAUUUUUGUUUUUAACAGUAAAUCUCAGUUAAACUUUUGAAUAACUGGGGGGGGGGGGGGAAGGUUUCUUCACCACAGCGGACAGCAAUUGCACUCGUGAGUAACAUCAGCAUUUUUGGGUGGAUGAUGAAAGCUCCAUAGUCAAUGCAAUGUCUGCUUUUCACACCCUUCUGGACAUUAUUCAAAAUCUAUGCAGUAAUGGCGGUAAAUCCAAUGUAUAAUUGAAUGUAUAAUAAUGGAAGUUAUACCAUACAAGGCCAAAAUGGCUAUUACCUGUGGAUGUGGCAGUGAUAACUGCUUCAUUUAAUAUGAAAGUCUUGUUGGAUCUAUCAAAAGUGUGCAAUGAACAGGACGGAGGCAGUGGGGAAUUAGCCUGAAUUGUUCUAGUUUAGUUUUGUCAAUUAUCCACAAUUGUAACUUGAAACUGAAUUCACAGGCAGGAUAUAAAGGGUUAUAAAUUAAAAAGUAGACAAUUUUGUCUAAGGAGCUUAAGUUCAUACUCUUUAAUUUUGUUUUAGGAGGAGGGCUUUUGAGUCCUAGGUUAAUAGUUUCUUCUUAAACAUUAUUUCUGAAUACUUGAAGUAGGGUCUACCUACCACAAAAAGCUAAGUCAUAUAUAUAUAUAUAUAUAUAUAUAUAUAUAUAUAUAAAUAAAAAUACAAAGCAAUGUGCAGAUGGAAAUGACUAUUUAUGUGAAGUGCCAAUUUUAUGCAUUGUUAUGGGGGCAGAAACGCUUUCAUGCUGAAUGACCAACAAGUUGGUGGGUUUGAAUUGUUGACUCAUGAAUUAUCUAUUGAGCUUAGGUUAUGUUUGCAUUUUGUCUUUUCAUGUGUGAGGUUCAGAAUUGUUUUCUUUGUUAACUCAGAUUGCAUAUCUGUGGAUUAUAUUAACACUGUGACAAAUGGAAAAUUUCUCUUUUUUUAUAAUUCUGACUUUAUUUCUUAAGUUGUGGAUUCUGUGUCUGUUAUUUUCAAUAUUUAUUAUCAUUUAAUGUAUUAUGAUUGAUAUUUUUUGGGAAACGUGUGAGUUUUGCUGUAAAAUAAUGGCUUUGUUUUUGUUUUUUGAUUGCUGACGGUAAUGUAUAUAUUCAGUUGGCACGUUACUGCUAAUUUCCAUAAUGAAACUAGGCUUAUGUUUUGCAUCCUGUUUACUGGUAUCAGCCAUGGUCAUGCUGAUAUGAAGUACAGUACCAAUGUCAUAUCUAAGAGUGGUCUUUGGGUGUAUUGUGCUGCAACGAUGAUGAAGUCCUUCUCCCCUACGUCUUUUUAGAUUAUUGGUUGUGCUUCUUGUACUGUACACUUUUCAUAAACGUGUGUGGCAUGUUUUGGGUUGUACUAUUAAAACGGUUUUAAAAUAAAAUCUAACAUGGGCAUGUAAUAUACUGUUGCCGUUAACCAGUGUCUUGUUGGUUGUGUAGAAUGAAAGGUAAGUAAAAAUUUCAGGCCAUGUGGUUUUGUGUGUCAGAAUAGUUAGUGCUGACCAGCUCGUUUACAUCCAUUCAAUAAAAGUGAUUUUUUCAUUCUGA